AGUUUUUUUUGAAAAAAGAAAAAUAACAAGAUGAAUACAACACUUGAGAAGAAGACUAAAAGAAAAAAGUUAAGCAAAAACAAAAAAAAGUCAUGGAGAAAGGUCAAUAUAUCUGAAAUUGAGGAAUUUCUUGAAGAUGAGGCAUUACAAAAGAGAACUGGUGGUUUAGCGAGAGAGAAAAAGAACGAAGAAUUGUUUUUUAUAGAUAAAAAACCGGGUGAUUCAAAUGCUGAAUUAAAACCUUCAAAACGCAAUGCAAACAAGCCUUUAAAGUGUUUUUCUGGUUUGCUGCCUGAUCAUCAAGCUGCUCAGAUUAAAAGAUCGCAGAAAAAAACUAAUAAAACAAGUAAAGUGAAAACUGCGAAAACUACUGUUAAAUCUGUUCCUGUAAAACGGAAGGUAAAUCGUCAAAGAAAUUCUAAGGAUAUAUGGAAUGAUGCAGAAGACGGAAAUAACGAUAUGAAUAGUCCCGAUGAACAUUUCUUAAAAGUUACUAGAACCAAGAGAGUCAAAACUCCAAAAACUUAUCACAAAAAGCCGUCUGAAAUCGAAGCGAUAACAGCUCCACAUCCAGGUGCUUCUUAUAAUCCAACAUUUGAAGAUCACCAAGAAUUGCUAAAAAGAGCAACCGAAAUCGAAAAGAAAAAAUUAAAGGAACAACAAAAGAUUUAUAAUUCCCUGAAUGCUAAGUUCCCGAAGACACCUAUUUCAGAAGAGGAAUAUCUCAAGGAAAUGUCCGGAGGCAUUAUUGAUAAUGAGGAUGCGGAAGAUGAUUCCGGUGAUGAAAGUGAUGAUGUUCAAGUUACGCAUAGAGCAACUAUUAGUAGAGAAGAUAAAAAAACGGAAAAGCAAAGAAAGAAGGAAAAAGCGAGGAAACUACAGGAAAAAGUUCAAAAAUUAGAAAAAAUAAAGAAAAUAAAGAACCACGAUAUUUAUAGGCUGAAACAAAUUAAGGAAGAGCUCCAUCAACAUAAAAUGGCCUCAGUUAUGAGAAAACGCCUGAAGGCGAAAAUGAGCGAAAGUAAAAAAAAUAGAACGAAAAAAUUAGGAUCUAUAAAAUAUGAAGAACCUAGUGUGGAAUUGAAGCUAAGUAACGAAUUGGAAAGUAAUUUGAGGAGGUUAAAACCUGAAGGUGAUUUGCUAAAGGAUCGAUAUAAUAGUUUUUGCAAAAGGAACAUAAUUGAACCUCGGAAGCGUAUCAAGAAAUUCUCGAAGUAUAAGCCUAAAUAUUUCGAAAAAAAGGGUCAUAAAGAAUUGUCUUAG